GGUUAUUCGGGGGGGGAUAUACCGUCUCUAGUGGAUAAGUUGAUCUUGGGUGGAAGGAAGGCAACACUUUGUUCCGGGUGAUUUUAUCAAUUGGUUCUUCCCCGUUGUUAUCCCCUCGGCUAGAGUCUCGUAAACGUCUUCCCCUGCGGCCUAUGGGGCUUCCUCUUUUAUUGGAGGCGGUGAAUCCUCCCUGGCCGGAGCCUCCACUGGGUCACCUUUUUUUCCCCUUUUGAUCUACACCUUUUUUUAUCAUCGAUAAACCAAUCCCCAGGUGAUUUUUUUCUCUCACUCUGUCUCCCGAGGAAGAUCGAGGGCGUCGAGCAGUCCUGAUUCUUCCUUGCCAGGGGGAUUUAUCCGUUGGAUUGCUCUUUUAUUGUCACUGUGCGUCGAUCGUGAUCGAGUUCACGCGCUGAUUUCCCUUUUUCAAGUGGAAAUUGAGGGAAUUUUCCUCUGUCGACUUGGUUUGGAUUAUUGGAUGGUCUCUCUUCUCUCCUGAUAAAUUGAUGAGGCGCACUCGGUGGCACUAGAGAGAUGAGGGGAAUCCUGAGGUUUUUGAAUUUUUUGGGGUAAGAAAUGGAAGAAUCCAGAGGAUGGAUCCAAGCACCUACGGGCUCAGUACGUGGACGAGUGCUGGAUGGCCAUGAGCCAUGGAGUAAUCGUGGCGCUUCGAUAAAACGACGUGGUACUAGGAGAGAGUGGAGGGACAGAAGAAGAAGAAAAAGGCGAAAACCAUUUGGUGAAAAAGUUGCUGACUGGUUACGGGCAUUUCUUGCUUUUUUAUUCAGUAACGUUGGGAUUGUUUGCUUAGUGAUUGGUUACACGGUGGCUGGUGCCUUCAUUUUUGAAUUUAUCGAGGGUACGAAUAGCCGGAGAAUUGGCACUGGCCAUUUGAUACCCACCAGGAGAAAUGACACCGCUGCUCUGUUGUGGAAUUUAACUUAUAAGGAGAAUAUAUUCUCGGAGACAAUAUGGAAGAGGAAGGUCGAUAAGAUACUGGUGAAUUAUCAGAAAACUGUAAUUGACGCUGUGAGGAGUGGAUGGGAUGGUACAGAGUCGGAAAAUCGAAAGUGGAGCUUUGCUGGGUCAUUUCUAUACUCGUUAACUGUCAUCACGACCAUUGGAUACGGUAAUAUGUGCCCAAAGACAAUGUCAGGAAAGGUGAUUACCAUUGGCUAUGCUAUUGCUGGUAUGCCCCUGUUUCUACUCUACCUCAGUAACAUCGGCGACAUACUUGCUAGAAGUUUCAAGUGGACGUAUGCACGCUGCUGUUUGUGCAGAUGCAGAAAGAGGCCAAGGGUACCCCGUGAUCCAUCGAAUGCUGAACCAUACAAGAACACUUGGCAGAUGGUCAGAAUGCAAUCCGGACGAGUAGACACGGUGAGCCUAGAUGGUGAAAUUGAGUCCAUGUCAAAGACAACGAGCACCGACGAGGAGAACGAGGAGGACAGCGAGGAUGAGGACGACGAGAGCGAUCGUUACGAUCCCCAACGCAUUACAGUACCAUUGACCCUUUGUCUCGGUAUAAUGGUCGGGUACAUCUGCGGUGGAGCCCUGUUAUUUUCUGAAUGGGAGGACUGGGGCUUUUUAGACGGCUCCUACUUUUGUUUCAUCUCCCUCUCGACAAUUGGCUUUGGUGAUAUUGUCCCAGGUGACAAGAUAUACUCCGGCCAAGGGAUCGAGCUGUCCUUCAUAUUUUGCUCAAUGUAUCUCAUGCUAGGUAAUAAAACAAAAUACAAUCCGUCAGACUGAAAAACAUCCAUAAACCAUAUUAUCAAAUCUGUCAAGCACUUGAUGCGCCAGAUAGUCAUGAAGAAGAAUGAGCAGUAAAAGUGAUAGAGCAAAAAAUCAUUGACUCUCACGUAUUCCUCUUCUCUCUCUCUCUCUCCCUCUCUUUUUUUUUCACCAGGCAUGGCUCUGAUAGCGAUGUGCUUCAACCUGAUGCAGGAAGAAGUGAUGGCUAAAAUGCGAUCGUUCACGCGAACAGUGAAGCACGUACU